UUUUUUUAAUAGACCCAAAUAAGAAAUUUAAAGAGAAAAGUGAAAAAAAAUUGUUGCAGAAGUGUGGGCGAGGUCGUGAUCAUGGCCGUGGUGGAGAAUGCUGGGAUUUGCGUAGAGUCGUCAUCGAAUCGGGCCGACCCGAAUGGCCCGCCGGAGAAUACCUCUGUGAAUCAUAACCACUCGCAGUUUACAAAGGCCGCUGCUAAUCAGAAGUCAACAAAACCCACCGAUAAUGGUUAUCACCUGAUACAGUCAAACGGCCAUCAUCAUCCGCAGCAUAGAACAAACGGUGAUGGAGCCACGAAAGCUCUUCUUAUCAAUAAUCCGGUUGAGAGGAAAUUGAAUAGCGGAGAUGAUGGAGACGAGGGGUUUAAGAGGGAGAUGAGGGAUUUAGCGGAAAUGCUAUCUAAAUUGAAUCCCAUGGCUGAGGAAUUUGUGCCGCCAUCACUGGCUGUGAACGGCACUGGUGGUCACCACAGACUGAUGAUAGCCUCACCACAUGAUGCGGCCGCUGGGUUCUUCGGUUACAAUGCUAACGGUUUUGUAAUGCAGCAGCCUGUUAACUCAGGAGUUCUAAACGGGAAUUCUUCUAGAAAGAAGAAAAAUGGCUAUGGCCAUGGGAAGCGGAGGAUUAAUAGCAGAACAGGCAUGGCACAGAGGGAAGAUGUAAUUAGGAGGACAGUGUAUGUUUCUGACAUCGAUCAUCAGGUAAAGAGAGUAUAGGUGUGCA